AUUUUUUCCAUGCAAGCCUUACCCUGACGGCGAUCAUCAGAGAUCGAUUAUCCACCACGUGAUCCUUUCGUCACGUGAUAACCGUGCUACUCUCGCGAGAACUGACGAGACCAGGACCAAGCCAAGAUGGCUGGUCUUCACGUUCUGUACGAGCAUGCCUCGGGGUACGCGCUGUUCCGUGUUGAGGAGGUGGAAGAGGUUGGGAUGCUCCUACCCACCGUGGAGAAGAGCGUCAAGUCAUACGAGAAGUUCAACUCCACAGUGAAGCUUGUGGCCUUCUCACCAUUCAAGUCUGGCACUAACGCACUGGACAACUGUAAUGCUAUUUCUGAAGGAAUUCUCCAUGAUGAUCUGAAGGUUUUCCUGGAGAAUAACUUUCCUCUCAAGAAGAAGAAAGCCACCUUAGGAAUUGGUGACCCCAAGAUUGGCUCUGCAAUACAAGAGGAGCUUGGGAUACUGUUGACGGGUGGAGAUGUGGUACAAGAAGUCAUUAGAGGUAUCAAGUUACAUUUCCACCUGCUUGUGAAGGGGCUGACUGAGACAUCAGCCUCUAAGGCCCAGCUGGGGUUGGGCCACAGCUACUCCAGGGCCAAAGUCAAGUUCAACGUGCACAGAGCAGACAACAUGAUCAUCCAGUCCAUCAGUCUCCUGGAUCAGCUGGACAAGGACAUCAACACCUUCUCCAUGAGGAUACGAGAGUGGUACUCGUACCACUUCCCUGAGCUGGUGAAGAUCGUGAACGACAACUACAUGUACGCUCGUCUGGCGAGGAUCAUCGGUGACAGGAAGCUGCUGAAGGAGGAUCGUCUGGAGGAGCUGGAGGAGAUCACCAUGGACAGUGCCAAGGCUGAGGCUAUCAUACAGAGUGCCAAGUCAUCCAUGGGGAUGGACAUCUCCCCCAUUGAUCUGAUCAACAUCGAAACCUUUGCGUCCCGUGUGGUGUCCCUGGCGGAGUACCGGAAGUCGCUGCACGCCUACCUGCAGGGGAAGAUGCACAACGUGGCGCCCAACCUGUCCGCUCUGAUCGGGGAGCAGGUGGGGGCGCGCCUGAUCUCGCACGCAGGGAGCCUGACCAACCUGGCCAAGUACCCUGCCUCCACAGUACAGAUCCUGGGCGCUGAGAAGGCACUGUUCAGAGCUUUGAAGACUCGUGGCAACACCCCCAAGUACGGCCUUAUCUUCCAUUCCACGUUCAUCGGCCGAGCAGGGGCCAAGAACAAAGGGCGCAUCUCUCGUUACCUCGCUAACAAGUGCUCCAUCGCUUCCAGGGUGGACUGCUUCGCAGAUGUUCCAACAGACGUGAUCGGUAACAAGUUACGUGAUCAGGUGGAGGAAAGGCUAUCGUUCUACGAGACGGGGACAGCACCCCGCAAGAACAUUGAUGUGAUGAAGGAGGCAUUAUCAGAGAUGAAUGAAAUGAUUGCCAAGAAGAGAAAGGAGGACAAGAAAAAGAAGAAGAAGAGAAAGCUGACUGAAAAUGGGGAUCACAAUGCCACAACAGACGGGGCCGAGGAGGAGGAGACACCAGCAAAGAAGAAAAAGAAGAAAGGCCAAAGUGAGGGAGAACAGUCAGCUGCUGAUGUAUCACUGAACCAGAGCACCAUCACAGAUGGAGAAGGGGAGGGGAAGAAGAAGAAGAAAAAGAAGAAGCAGAGUGAGGCAGAAGCUACAGUGACAGAAACAGAGGUGUCGCAGAACGAGGGUGCGGUCGCUGAAGGAGACUCUGAGGGCAAGAAAAAGAAGAAAAAGAGAAAGAAGGAGGCAGCUGAGCCUGUUGAGGAGCAGGAGCCAGCUGAGGCGCCAAAGAAGAAGAAAAAGAAGCAGACUCAGGCUCUUGAAGAAAGCAUGGUUCUUGCAGAUGAUGAGGGAGAAUCGACACCAAAGAAGGAGAAGAAGAAGAAGAAAAAGGACAAGAAAUAGGAAACUAAUCAGCUGUAGAUACUAUCUUACCACACAAACAUUGUUAGUUGACAUUCUUGUUCAUAUUGAUUUGGCUUGUUUAUCUUUACCAAAAAUCUGGUAACAAGAUGUGACCCAAAGUGAAACUAUUGCAAGAUGAAUGCAAUAGUCAUUGUAUUACCACAAAAGGUGUUUUAAAUGUUUUUUUGGAAACUGUCUUAUUACAAAAGAAGCUAUUUUUUUGUAUCAGACAUGUCUCAUAGCAUCCCUGUAGAAUUAAGUUUUAGUGGCCUAAAUGUACAUGGGCAGGUGGUAGUAUGGAUGUGAUGUGUAACAUGAUUAGUGCCCAGUGCAUCUAUGUUGGCAAUUGCCUGUACACUGUCAAGCUUUGACGAUUUAGUCAUUUUAUUUAUAACUUUUUAUCUCCACCACUUUCUUAUAUAAAGAGAUCUGGUGUAGUAGAAUGGCAGUCAGUACAUGGAAGUACCUAUACAUGUAUUUGCCCAUGAACUGUAAUUCAUAUUCAGUCAUUUCAUGAAGGAAGUCCACCCUUCUGUCUUGUGCCAUUUCUUUAAUUCCAAAAUCCUGCUGCAGGACCUUUGUUUACUUGAAAAUGGAUAACAAUGCCAUGUGAACAUGUUUUCCAUAGGGCUGCUAGCAUUAAGAAUAUAAAACAUGUGGAAUCCCUAAGUACUGUAGUUGUCUGAUCUGGUUGGGAAGGCAGACCGUAUUAUUAUACAAUAAAUGACUUGCCUGAAAUGAUGAAAA